AUGCCAGGCCCUCUGGAGACCAGCCUCUCGGACCUUGACUGCGCCAGCAGCAGCAGCACCAGCGACCUGUCCGGCUUCCUCACCGACGAGGAGGACUGUGCCAGGCUCCAACAGCCCACGUCCGUCUCGGGGCCGCCCAUGACGGCCCGCAAGGGCUCACCCGGGAUUCCCGGGGCGUCGGACACUCCUCGUGCGCAGGACGACGAGCAGGAGCGGCGUCGGCGCAGGGGCCGCGCGCGGGUGCGCUCCGAGGCGCUGCUGCACUCGCUGCGCAGGAGCCGACGCGUCAAGGCCAACGACCGCGAGCGCAACCGCAUGCACAACUUGAACGCGGCGCUGGACGCGCUGCGCAGCGUGCUGCCCUCCUUCCCCGACGACACCAAGCUCACCAAGAUCGAGACGCUGCGCUUCGCCUACAACUACAUCUGGGCUUUGGCCGAGACUCUGCGCCUGGCCGACCAGGGGCUGCCCGGGGGCGGUGCCCGAGAGCGCCUCCUGCCGCCGCAGUGUGCCCCCUGCCUCCCCGGGCCCCCCAGCCCCGCCAGCGACGCGGAGUCCUGGGGCUCCGGGGCCGCCGCCUCCCCCUGCGCCGCUGCCGCCUCGCCACUCUCUGACCCCAGUAGCCCCGCCGCCUCCGAAGACUUCACCUAUGGCCCUGGCGACCCGCUUUUUUCCUUCCCGGGCCUGCCCAAAGACUUGCUCCACACGACGCCCUGUUUCAUCCCUUACCACUAG